ACUGUGUGCAAUGUGCCAUCCCAGCUACAGCGAGCAGGCAGCAGCGGUGCCCAAGGCAGUGUGAGUACAGUGUGAGCCCCGGCCGGAGCCGCAGCACGCUGCUGGUGUGAGUGCGGGGCUGAGCUCUGCUUUCACUUCCGGGGGAGGACACUGACUGAGCAGCCGAUAGCAGCAGCUCUAGUGCCAGUAGUAGCAGCUGCUCGGAUGGGGUGACCGCAACACACUUCUCUCCCGCACACCGCCACUGCCGCAGCACCCCGCAUAGGGAGCACCCACUGCCGCCGCACAGUGUGAAUUCGCCAGGCAACCUGAGAAACCAGAUGUUCAUGCAGUUGAUCGGAAGCAGCAGCAGAUCACAGAAGCCGACAGCCGUGCUAGAAAACAGUAAGGCCCAUGUGGUUAUCGUGUUCCCAAAACGUCUGACAUUGUGAACCUGAAGAAUGAUACGUUGCGCAGCAUUUGGGUGAAGGAAGUGAACUAUUCUCAAUUCAUCUGGGCAGCUUGGACGCUUGAUCUGAAAUUGUCAAUAGAAGUCACAGAAUAAACUAUGGCAAAAUCCCGGUCAAGGUCACCCAGGUGGAAACCCAGACCGCUGCCAUACAGAAGUCCAGAGCACAAGAGACAUAGACGCGUCCAAGAUAAUUACCCAGAUCAUGAUGGAUUCCAUAGAGAUCCAAGAAGACCAAUACACUGGGAAGAAGACAGACAUGGACAAAACAAUUCUAAAACCGCUCCAUAUAAUCGCUUAAAUGAUAAAUCACAUGAACUUGAUUCAUUUGCUUCAGAUUUAAGAAAGUCUCCCUUUGACGCAUCCAAUCGUUCGAAGAGAACACACUCACCAGAAAGGCGAGGAGAUGGCAGUAGGAGAUUCCCAGCAAAGUAUCCUGAAGAUCCUCCUCACAGAGACCACAACAGAAAUGUUUAUAACCAUAGAAAUCACGUAAGGAAUGCACAUAAUGAUGCAAAUGGUUUUAAAUCAACCAGGCGAGAGGACAAUUUUCACAGUCCAUACCAUAGAGAACAUGAUAGGGACUGGCAUGAAUCUGAAAAUCAGUGGAAGCAUCAAGAUCACACACAACGUUAUUUGCCUCCACCCAGAAGAAGAUCCAAAGAGUUUGUCGAUCGCAACUCAUUUCAGAAAAGGCAUCCUGAGGAUCGUGAUCUCCAAGAACAGGAGCAACAUCCUAAGAGAACUAGAGAAACAGAGAGACUUGAUUGUCGGCCAUCGCUGAGAAACUCACACUGGAAGGAUGAUUCAUUAACACCAUACCCUGACAAGACUUGGAAGGAUGACCAUUCAUUAAAACCAUACCCUGACAAGACUUGGAAGGAUGACCAUUCAUUAAAACCAUACCCUGACAAGACUUGGAAGGAUGACCCUUCAUUAACACCAUACCCUGACAAGACUUGGAAGGAUGACCCUUCAUUAACACCAUACCCUGACAAGACUUGGAAGGAUGACCAUUCAUUAACACCAUACCCUGACAAGACUUGGAAGGAUGACCAUUCAUUAACACCAUACCCUGACAAGACUUGGAAGGAUGACCAUUCAUUAACACCAUACCCUGACAAGACUUGGAAGGAUGACCAUUUAUUAACACCAUACCCUGACAAGACUUGGAAGGAUGACAAUUCAUUAAAACCAUACCCUGACAAGACUUGGAAGGAUGACCAGUCAUUAAAAUCAUACCCUGACAAGAAAUGGUCACAGGACACGGAUUUGAGAGCUCCUAGCCCUAUUGUGUACCAGACACCGUCUGGAGAAUUUACAAAAAUAGAAUAUGACUAUAGCCACAGGUCCCCAUCCUAUGUAAAAGCUGAGCCGAUUUUGUCAAGUGACCGCAGUGAGAAACGCAGCUGGCAUGAAGAAAGAAAAAACAUUCCUACCAGAACUUCCCAUCAAAGCAAAUUACUAGAUAUAAAAAGCAAAGAAAGGGAAAAAUACUCUGAACGUUCAAGCGAGCCAUCCACUAAAUACAGUGAAAGAAAGGGUCACGAUAGGGCCAGUUUCAAAAAUGAUUUUGAUAUGAGGCACCCAAAUCAUAAGCACAAAGAACGAGGAAGGAAAGAAGAUGACUUCCAGAAGGAACCGCGUUCUCCACGUCACCUGAGAAACCAAAGCCCCAAAUCUCCAAACCAAAAAGUCCAAUCGAAGAUCAGUCCUGAAAAGGAAACUAUCACGGUUAAUUUGGCUUUGAAGAAUCCGACAGAUAAUUAUAGGUUGCCCCAUGAACACUGGAAUACCUAUAAAGAAAUUCCAUCAAAGCCAGAAGCAGUUGAAGGCCAGAAGCAUUAUGAAGGAAAGCAGAGGCUGGGUGAUGACAUGCAAAAAAGGAACAGUGCAACUUCCAAUGAUAGACAGAUGUCUCAGGAUUUAGUAGCCAUAGGUGGAAAGGAGGAUUUUCGCCCAGUGUUUGAACACCUUGAGUUUUCAAAGCAAAGUGGGAUUAAUGCUCCAAACAGUGAGUUUACUCAGGAAAUUAUUACCAUCAUCCAUGAAGUGAAAGCUAACCAUUUUAAGUCAGCUGAAAUGUCCCUUCAUGAACGCUUUUCCAAGCUGCAAGCAGAGAGCAAUAAGCCGGAUUUGAACCUUAACAUACCUGCCCCACUAAGCAAUCCGAAGAUUCACAGGAGAAUUGAUAUCUCACUGGAAGAUCUUCACAACAAGUCUCUUCACAAAACAACUGAAGUCACUCCGUUCAACCAGAAAGUAAUUGAAGAUCCAAAUGAUUUAAGACAUGAUAUUGAAAGGCGGAGGAGGCAGAGAUUGCACUCUGAAGAAGGCAGUGCCACUAAUGUUGACUUCCAUGAAAGUGAUGCUACUGGCAGCUAUUACAGAUCACAGGGCAAUGAAGCAGGAGAAUUUCAGAAGUCGUCUAGGCCACCGUUGCGAAAGCCAGGCAGACCUCCAGGUUCAUUUUAUAGAGGAAACCCUAAUGAGUUUGGCACUUCAAAGAGCUAUUUUGAAAACACUGAUGAGAUGAAAAGGCCUUAUAAGGGAUGGGGGAACCCUGCUACCAGAAUAUAAGGCACUUCCCUGAGCUUGAUGAAGACCCUAUUAAUGUACUUGUAGAUGCUUGACUUUCCUGGGCAACUGUGAGCAUCAGCAUUGAAGAUACAAUAGUCUUGAUAAAAAAGUACCUAUUUUUUCAGUAGUGGAAUGCUGCACAACUUUUUUUUACGGUUUUCAAAGUUUUUUAAUGACCGUAUUCAGAUGGAAAAUUGCUAAUUUCCCCAUAACCCUUCUUUGGCAGAAGCAGAAGACUUCAUGACAGUAAACGAAAUAAAUUUUUCAAGGAGAGGUCAUCCCUUAUGUUGGGGUGUCUUAUUUAUUAUGCAUUUUCCUUAACAAAAGCAUGUUUUGUUUUAUUUUUGUUCUGUUUUAUUUUCCGAUUUCUUUUGUUGAUUAUAGAAAUGUUUAUGUUGGGAAGUUUGUGUAUUAAUGUAAUAAAGUGCCUGAAUUGUU